AUGGAUAUGACGAAAACUUUAAAACUACAAAAUUGUCGUCUCCGUAAAAUGAACAAUGAAUUGAUUAAAAAAGUUCAGCACUGGAAAAUGGUUGCCGCUGAUAAGGAUAAAGAGAAAUUUGGCCUUAUGCAAGAAAUCAAUCGGCUAAUGCUACAACUCAACAUGUUAAGAAAAAGAGGUGAUAGUUGUGCUCAACAACUUGAAUCAGCUAUAAUGUUGUCAGGUCAGUCUGUACUGUCUCAUUUAGUAGAGAGUUCCACUGCAGUAGUCAACAUUAUAGAAGUAAUGAAAGGCUAUAUGGAAGAUCGACGGAAAAUUGACAGUUCCCAGCUUCAAUGGACUAACGAUAGUAGAAGUUCUGAUGAAGUUCACCAGGCGUUGCCGACAUCAAUGGAUGAAAGGUCUAUACAGCCAGUUGUGUCUUUACCAUACUGGGGAUUGUCAGAAGAUUCAGGCGGUCAGAAAACUCAGCCUCUUCAAAAUUCAGAACUAUUCAACCCAUUACCAAAUAAUAGUUACAAUUUAGAUGACAGCCACAGCACAGACGAUUUGGACUUAAGUGAUGAAUCUAAGUCGUAUGAAAAAGAAAAUAACAGCACCGUAUCAGAAAAUCAGGAGACAUAUUUAAGUGUUGUUGAAGAGGAAGACGAAGAGACACAAUGUUCAUCACGAAGAGGUCGAGACGAGAACCCGUCGGAGGGGUUGCUUGAUGCGUCUCCUUCUAGAAGUAAUGUAAAUUACCUGGGCGUCACGCUCGACCGCCGGCUUUCGCUGAAGCAUCACGCGAUCGGCGCCGCAGGACGCUCCUCAGCCGCCGCCACUAAGCUGCGGCCCAUCCUCAAGUCCCGCCUGCCGACGCGUGCCAAGCUCGCGCUGUACCGGUAA